AUAUCUCUCCUUUUCACUUCACGGAUUUUCAGACCAUUUUCAGAUGGAAAGCUUGAGUAAAGAAAAACUUUGCAUUUAUGCAUUGCAUUCACGCUUAGCCAAAUUUUAGCCACCAACUAUACCGAAAGGCCAUUCUCAAAAAGAAAAAAACUAGACCGAUAGGCCUCCAAUACCAAAGCCCACUUGUGAGUUUUUGGAGAAAAACAAGAAAGUUAUAGAGGUGUAGCUUCAUUUGACACUUUGAUCAUGGCUACCCACAGGGACUCAAGCUCUGGUGCUGCUUCUUCAGGGGACAAUAAAAUCAAAAGGGUGCUCACUCAUGGUGGUAGAUAUGUGCAGUACAAUGUGUACGGGAACUUGUUUGAGGUCUCUUCAAAGUACGUGCCUCCCAUUCGCCCAAUUGGUAGAGGUGCUUAUGGUAUUGUCUGUGCUGCUGUGAAUUCAGAAACACAUGAGGAGGUUGCCAUAAAGAAGAUUGGUAAUGCAUUUGACAACAUAAUAGAUGCCAAAAGGACGUUGAGAGAAAUCAAGCUUCUCUGCCACAUGGACCAUGAAAACGUUAUUUCCAUGAAGGAUCUCAUACGACCACCAAAGAAGGAGACCUUCAAUGAUGUGUACAUUGUUUAUGAACUGAUGGACACUGAUCUUCAUCAUAUUAUUCGUUCUGACCAACCACUGACAGAUGAUCAUUGUCAGUACUUCUUGUAUCAGCUGUUACGAGGACUGAAAUAUGUACACUCAGCCAAUGUUCUGCACCGUGAUCUUAAGCCCAGUAAUUUGCUUCUGAAUGCUAAUUGUGACCUUAAAAUUGGAGACUUUGGAUUGGCAAGGACGACUUCUGAGACAGAUUUUAUGACUGAAUAUGUUGUCACUCGUUGGUACCGAGCACCAGAGUUGCUUCUUAAUUGUUCAGAGUACACUGCUGCAAUUGAUGUAUGGUCCGUAGGUUGCAUACUUGGUGAAAUUAUGACUAGAGAACCUCUGUUCCCUGGGAAAGAUUAUGUUCAUCAGCUGAGGCUUAUCACGGAGUUACUAGGUUCACCUGAUGAUGCUAGCCUUGGAUUUCUCCGAAGUGAUAAUGCUCGAAGAUAUGUUAGACAGCUUCCACAAUGCCGGAAGCAACAACUUUCUGCUAGAUUCCCUAGUAUGUCUCCUGGGGCUUUAGAUCUUCUAGAGAAAAUGCUUGUCUUUGAUCCCACCAAACGGAUUACAGUUGAAGAGGCACUUUGUCACCCAUACUUGUCAUCUCUCCAUGAUACGAGUGAUGAGCCUGUCUCUGCCAGGUCGUUCAGUUUUGAUUUUGAGCAUCCAACAUGUAAUGAAGAACAAAUCAAAGAGCUCAUCUGGAGGGAGUCAGUGAAGUUUAAUCCGGACCCAACCUAUUAGGAGAAAUGGUUUGCGUAUGCAGCGGAGAUGUAAUGGGAAAAACUUUGUUCCCCUGAAUACAUGUAUAAUUUCAUCACAUCUUCUAGAGUAGAUAGAAUAGCAUCAGAGUUCAUUUACUUGUUACUUGAAGUCAACUAACAUGCGUGGAGCUGAAACACCUCUUCUCAUUUACUUGUAAGGGAUUUUAGGUCCCCCAAAUUUCAGCAAAAGCCCCAAGAGGACAGUCACUCUAGUUCCUAUAUGAGCUGAUGGACUUCAAAGCCAAGUUGAAGCGAGUUUGGUAAAAAAAACGAUGGUGUAGAUCUUCUCAUGAUAACUAGGAGUAAAGAUUGCUAGAAAGAUUAUGGAUGUUGUAUUGCAUGGAUCUGAAGAUAUUUUACCUAUUGAAUAAAAAUCAAUGCUAUAUUAAUAUGAA